UAUAUAGAUUGUUUAUCUAUAAGAGCUAUUCUCUACUCUUACAGCCUAGCCAGGGUGUGGCUGUGAGAUAAGAAACUGAAGUCUUUGUCUUGAGAGAAGUCACACCCUUUUGAGCAAUAAGCUUUGGAAAGCUAGGUUCUAGGACAUAUCCAAUUAGGAAGCUAUAAGAGGUAGGCCGGCACAACUGGUUUGCCAGGUCCUCUAACUUCCUGAUGAGCUGAAAACCACUUGCUUUGUGCAGAGUGUCUAAAAUGUCUAAAAUGAAAAACCCUCGGACUUUUGAGGAGCAAACAGAAUGCAUCAUGAAUACUCUACUCACAGACUUCUUGACCCCAACAUUCCAGGCUGCUAACAGGAACCUUCCUGAUGCAGAUGGACCAUGUUCAGGAGAGGAUUACUCUUUUGAUGUGGCUAUCGUUGCUGGCCGACUUCGAAUGCUGGGUGACAAGUUCAAUGGAGAGCUGGAAGCUUCUGUCAAUAAUAUCAUUGCAGAAACCAUUCGAGGACAGGCAGGAACUGUACUCAAGGACACAGUGCAGUCUCUCAGCAAAACCUGGUGUACUCAGAACCCUACCUUAGCUUUUGAAACAGCCUUUUUGGCAGUGUCAGUCAAACUUCUUGAAUAUGUGGCCCGUAAGGCUCCUGAAAUGGCAUCCCAGGUGGCUGCCUGCAUGACAGGCAUGAUCAACGGGGACACAACCAUUCGCCGGUUUAUCCAGGACCUGGGAGGAUGGGGAAACCUGGAGGGCUGAAGAAGUCCCCGGACUGAGCAUACUACUUCUGGCAGAUUGGGUGGCUGUUUUUUGACAAUUAAACCAUGCUGUUUUCAAGUCCGCCAGUGUCCUUUCUAUUGAUCAUUGACUUUGGAAGCAGCUUCCAGGAGCCUAGAGUGAUAUUAUACUUUCUUGCCUCAUGUGAGUUUUAGUAAGAGUUUGUCGAAACAAAGACCUCCUGAGAAAGUAAUUUCUUAGUAGUAAAAUUUCAAGCACCAGGUCCGAUCUUUGCUGGAGAUAUCUGGAAGGAAACAGCACAUCAGAAGCGUUUUCUUUAGGUUUAGACUUGUCUUUUGGUGAGGAUUUCAUCUGCUAGUGAUUUUGGAAUCAAAAGGAUAUCAGGAGUUUUAGUUUAAGUCUUGUUCCUUCAAGUAAAGGAUUUUCUUUCACUUCUA